AUGUCCACGGGAUCAAAACCUAGUAAGAGUGGAGUUGAACGUUUGCCAGUUACAUCAUGGGAUGGCAGCCGUAGAAUGUACCCUACCUGGAGGAAGGAGUUUAAUCACUGGAUGAAAAAGCAUGCACAAGAUGAAGAUGAACAAUUGCAACGUUUCAGGAAGGCGUUGCCAAGCCAUUUGUGGUGGACAGAUCAAGUAAAGACCUGCAAAACCAUCGACCAAGCUUGGAAAAUCUUAGAUAUUGAAUUUUCAGACAAACGAAAGCUAAUGGAUGAACUCUUGGCAGGAAUUUCCAAGCACGACCAGGUCAAAAGGGACUCCAAGUCAUUAAUUCGGUAUGCUACCACAAUAUCGAGCUAUGUGAAUGACAUGGAAGCCAACGAUUGCAUGGUUACAUCUUCAGAGGCACCAUUCUUCAUGUCACAACUGUUGUCCAAGCUCACCCCAAGUGAUAACGCUGAGUUCGGGAGAGAAAUGAAGAGGAACAAGAAGGAAGAAAGUGUACUCGGUCUUGUCGAAUGGCUGUACGAAGAAGCAGCUCUUCGUUCCAGGGGCAAGCUUGAAUAUGAUAACGAGAGUGCAGAACAAAGUCGACGUGUGGGACCCUUCAGAAAGGUAGACACCCGUAACCUAGCUACUAAAAUUCCUGAAGAUGCAACCUGCCCCUUCGAUUGCCCAGAAGAACAUCUUCUUGCUGCCUGUCCAAUUUACAAGAAGCUAACGGUAAACCAACGUUGGGACAUUGUUCAGCAAAAUAAGAGAUGUCGCAAGUGCUUGAGAGCAUCGCACCAUACAAGAGAUUGUAAGAAGCCAGAUGGCACCUCCUGCGACAAGUGCAAAAAGAACCACCACAAGUCUUUGCACAAUGAAAGAAACAGUGUCCCACCUUUGGAUCCAAGUGCAGUACCAUUUUCCGUACAGGAACGAGCUAUCUCUCAGAACCAUAACAUUGAAAGGAUCAAGCAUGGGAUCGGUCUCUGCCCCAUUCAGAAAGUAAAAGUGAAGGAUGCCGAUGGAAAUUUCAUGGAAAUGCUAGCAUUGCUAGACACUGGAUAA